AUGGUUCUCCAUGGGGCUUCCCAAAACAGUACAUUUAGCCUUAGGAAUAACGGACUUGAUUUCAUAAUAAAACCCGUGGGAAUAGUACCAAACGAGUAUAUAUUUUACUUAUCAGUAAACGAAGAAAGCGAUAACAAUGUUCCUAUUGUUAAUAAAUUAAUACUUAAUAAGCUGACACUAUGUAAUGAAUCCAUUAAGGCAUCACAAACUGUAAGCCAAUUUAACGUUACAAAAGAGUAUGAUACGAAAUAUCGCCAUGUAUGUGGAAGACGUGCGCUGGAUAACGCUGAGCUAACGUCCGUGAGCACUGAUGCCAAGGAGGGUGACUGGCCAUGGCACGUUGCUCUCUUUAUAAAGGACGUUCAUCUUGACAUUGAUAAUUAUGAGUGCGGCGGUAACAUUGUUUCUACGACGGCUGUUUUGACAGCUGGUCACUGCGUCACAAUAAACGAUAUUCUGAUAGAUUCACAACGACUGAAAGUAUUAGCCGGAAUAAGUAAUUUAAAAGAAUCGAAGCAAAUUGGACGCCAAGUUCAAUAUGCAGAAAGAAUAAUACUACACCCAGCAUAUAAUGUAACUCAAGCUACCGCUGACCUGGCUGUAGUGAAAGUUAAAUACUUCACAUUUACGGAAUAUGUGCAACCUGUUUGUAUUUGGGGCCCUGUUUAUGAUAAAUCUUCGCUUUUCGGAAGGGAAGCUAUGGUAGUUGGAUUCGGUAAAAGGGAGGAUAACAAGCUUUCUGAUACCCUUAGAUCCGCUUACAUAAUGGUGCAGAAUGACUCCACUUGCAUUGAGUAUUCACCUGAAUUGUAUGAAUCUCUGCUGAACGAAUUUACAUUUUGCGCUGGGUUUGGACCUACUUCUGGUAUUAAUCCUCGUAAUGGCGAUAGUGGCGGUGGCCUAGUUGUACCAACGGUGCAGCCAGAUCAUAAAAUAAGCUGGUUUCUGCGAGGGAUUGUUUCGAAAUGUGGAGUGUCACCCGGGGAAACUCAGUGCGAUCCUAAAUUUUAUCUUGUGUACACCGAUGUUGGCCCGCACUACGGAUGGAUAUAUCACAACGCGGGCUUAGAGUACAGGAGCAAUAUUUUAUACAACUAA